AUGGCCAGCCCUAUUUAUCUCGGUGUUGUUGGUGUCGGUGGAGUUGGCACCGCAUUCCUCAACCAGAUUGCUCGUCUCCCCAACGCUCCUCAACUCGUUCUCCUCGCACGCUCUUCGCAGACCCUCCUCGCCCCGACACCAGCGUACUCCCCCGCUAUCCCAGCGGGUGAUUGGGCUACAGCAUCUACUGGUCCCUCGCUCACAAAGAAGGGCGUCCUCCCUGUGGAGGAAAUUGCGACAUACCUCGCGGGUGUCCCCGGUCGCGCUAUCUUGGUGGAUAACACUUCUGAUCUCAACCUGGCCCGUGCCUAUCCUCUGUUCCUGAAGAAGGGUAUCUCAGUCGUGACCCCCAACAAGAAGGGGUUUUCUGAUGAUCUCUCUUUAUGGAAAGACAUUUUCUCGUCUGCUGCCCAAGGUAACGCUCUGGUGUACCAUGAAAGUACCGUCGGUGCCGGCUUGCCUGUUCUAUCCACUCUAAAGGACCUGGUCGCAACCGGUGAUGAAGUCACUCGUAUUGAGGGUGUCUUCUCCGGCACUCUCUCCUUCCUAUUCAACACUUUCGCCCCUGCUUCUAGCUCAUCCGAUGCUCAGUGGAGUGCUGUUGUUGCUCAAGCUAAGGAACUAGGCUACACUGAACCCGAUCCUCGCGAUGACUUGAACGGUAUGGACGUCGCCCGUAAGCUGACGAUCCUGGCCCGUCUGGCUGGUCUGGAGGUGUCGCGUCCCGAUUCCUUCCCCAUUGAAUCGCUUAUCCCCACUGAACUUGCCUCGCUACCUUCCUCGGCCGAUGGCAUUUCGCAGUUCAUGAGCCGUUUGCCAGAGUUCGACGGACAGAUGGCCGAUGUCAAAAACACAGCAGAGAAACAAGGCAAGGUCGUUCGGUAUGUUGGUAGUAUUGAUAUUGCGACUCAGGCAGUCAAGGUUGGUCUGCAGUAUUUCGAUAAGGACAGCGCCAUCGCUGGCCUGAAGGGCAGUGAUAAUAUCAUUAGCUUCUACACUAAGCGCUAUGGAGCCAAUCCCCUUAUUAUUCAGGGUGCCGGUGCCGGUAGUGAUGUUACUGCUAUGGGUGUUCUGGGUGAUCUGGUUAAGGUUAUUCAACGUCUGCAGUAA